AUGUGUUUAGAAAAGAAGACCUUUGAAUUAUCUACUCUAUGUGGUGUUGAAGCUUGCAUAGUUGUUUAUGAUCCCACACAUGAUGAUGAUCAGCAACCCUACAUUUGGCCUAAAGAUCCUGAUGCAAUCCGGUGCAUGUUCACAUUGUACGAGAAACAAUCUGAUGAAAAUCAUAAAAAGUGGACCCUUGAUUUGUCUCACUUCUUUGAAGAAGACCCCAAUAAGAAGAAGGAGGAGACUUAUGAUGAAACUGAUCAUCAUCAAGGUACUACUUCUUUAACAAUUGUAAAAGUUGAGGACAAGAAAAGUGAUGAUGAUGAGACCACCAAGUACAACAAGUACACUACUUGGGAUGAUCAAUUUAACAAUACGUCCGAGGAACAAUUGAGAGAGUUUAGUAUCAAAUUGGAAGUGAAGCUUGAAGCCGCCAAAAUUAGGGUUCAAUUCUUGAAGGGUAGCUUUCUUGCUACACAAGAAAAUAAUUCUAAUUAUUUUUUGCCAUUAAUGGAGCCUAUUAUUAAUCAUGAGCAACAACCAAUUUCUUUCUUCAACCAGAGUGAUCAUCUUGACAUGCCAUCUCGUUACCACCGUUCGGUCUCAAUCUCUCAAUGCCAAAUUCGACGAUGA